AUGGGCUCUCCUCCCCACAGCCCUCGGAGGCUGUUUACCAUGCACUGGGCUGCGGAAAACAGGCUGUUGACAAACCAAACAAAGCACUCGCCGGGCUCACCACGGCAGCCUCAGAGUGCUCCAAGCCUCUUCUCCUCCGGGCUCUUGAUCCACUGCACCUCAUCACAGAGCCGUAUAGAAAACUCUGCAGCCCCACUCCGCCACUGA